UUUACAAAUCUUGCCAAGAUGGCUGCCGAUUUGGACAGAAAGCAACGAGAUUCAGAAAUGAAAAGUGCAAUCAAUGACAAACUAAAUGAAAAUUUUGAACGAGAAAGGUUAAUGGAGUUAUUAAGAACCAGAUUAAAGGAGUGUGGCUGGAGGGAUAGACUAACUCAAGAAUGCAAAGACAUAAUUAGAGAAAAAGGGUUGGAUAAAGUGACAGUUGAUGACCUAGUGAGUGAGGUUACACCAAAAGCAAGAGAACUAGUUCCAGAUGAAGUGAAACGAGAGUUGUUGGAUAAAAUCCGAAACUACUUUGGUGAUAAUGUCUGAACAUCAUUUUCUAGCAUCAGUCUGGUUAUUAUCUACUUACACAAGUUACAUUCUUUUAAGUAUUUUAAUUAAUAAACAUCAAGAUAAGGUGAUGCAACUCAUGCAGGAUCCAGUAGGCUAGGUCUAAUAGGGAGCCAAACUAAAUAGGAAAGACCACUAUUAUGAGUUGUUUCAGAGAAUAAUAAUUACUUGUUAGUUUCAUCAGUUCCUGUAAAUUGUUUAAAUGCGAGAUGUCAUAUUUGGUACAUGUAAAUACAUGUAUAUUUUUUGCCAAAAUGCAUUUAACAGUUGUUAAUGAAAUAAAAGAUUUAUUUUUUAUAGUUUAA